CGAAUUCAAAUAUUUUGCAGGCAUCGUCUGUUCACGUCCUUCCGUCCCGGCCUGUAUUAUCUAGUGGUGCAAACUGGAAAAGAGCUUGGAAAUGGCAAACUUGCUAAUGAAAGUCCCGAGUAACCUUCGCGUCGUUUCUGCUUCGUCCUCUAAAGGACCUAGUGGGAGUAUGAAACAAUUAGGUGGGCCAGUGAUUGUGGAACUUCCGCUGGAUAAAAUUAGAAGGCCCCUUAUGCUCACUAGAGCUAAUGAUCCCCAAAAGGUGCAGGAACUGAUGGACAGUGUACGUGAAAUCGGCCUACAAGUCCCCAUUGAUGUCUUGGAAGUCGAUGGAGUCUACUAUGGAUUUUCUGGGUGUCAUCGCUACGAGGCUCACCAGCGACUCGGUCUUCCAACUAUCCGCUGCAAAGUCCGUCGUGCAACAAAAGAAAUAUUGAGGCAUCACCUACGAUAACAGAGUCCCCUUUUACCCAAAAAGGCUCUUCGUCAAGUUACUCGAAUAUUAUGCUUGUGUAAUACAAGUAACUUCUAUCAUUUUAUUACUCGAAUAGUAUGUACUAUGUAGUAAAUUCCAAUUGACUGAAGAACAAUAUCACCUGACAGUGAUAUCUAUAGAUGGUGCAGAUUUUUUUUUUUGCUUUCAUCACUGUCCUGGAUAGGGAUGGAUUCGGUUCAGGCCACC